AUAAGCCCGGCUUCAAACUUUAAAGCUUUUCAAAUCUCUUCCGCAGGAAGGUCUCGAAUCAUGGGAUCUCAAGCAGCCAUAUUAUAUAUAUCGAAUUCCUAGUCCGCAAUUGAUGUCAAAAAUUUGUCGGCAUUCAUGUUUUUCUUCCCUCUUCCUUCUAAUCACCAUUAGAGCACAGCCCAAGCUCGCAUCCCUCUGCAACCAAACUUCAUCUUCUUCUCGUCUCACCCACAUCCUAUUCCAAAAAUCUCUCCAUUUUCUACACACCCCAAUGUCGGAUUCAGUCCCAUCCCAUCAACAUUGACGGCGGCGAUGAGGCCGACGGCGGAGUUUUGGUUCGCUGCCGCCGUCGCGGCCAUGGCGGUGCUGGCGAGUUCCGCGCGCUCCGACCCGCAGGCCAAUCUUCUGAACGCGGGGUGCAACCAGUACAACGCCACGAACCUCCCGAACUUCUUCGCCAACCUGAACGGCACAUUCUCGGACCUCAGGAGCAAGCUGGCGGCAGACGGCGGCGACAGGCGGUUAGCGACGGCGGAGCGGUGGGGGAACUCGGACCCCGUGUACGCGAUGGUGCAGUGCCAGAAGUACCUCUCCGCCGUGGACUGCCUCGCGUGCUUCGCGGCGGCGGAGGCCCGAAUCCGCAACUGCUCGCCCGCGAACGGCGCUCGCGUCAUCUGCGAUGGUGCUUCCUCAGGUACCGCUCGCUGGUACGAGAGCAGUAGCUUCUAUACUCUUCCUGGCAAUGAAGCAAUAUGUGGGAACCGAACUGCAUCACAGACAAGUGCUUUUGAAGUUGCAGUGAAUGCACUAUUAAUGGAUCUUGAAGUUGCAACUCCUUCCAUUAGUGGUUUCUUUGCAGCUUCUAAGAAAAGAGUGGUAGGUGAUGGUGGUGAUGCAGUAGCGUAUGGGGUAGCACAGUGUGCUGAAACGGUGAGUAAGAGCGGUUGCCAGGACUGCUUGAAAGUGGCAUACAGCAACAUACAGAUUUGUCCUCCUAAUGCAGAUGGUAGGGCUGUUGAUGCUGGGUGUUUUCUGAGGUAUUCACAAACAUCCUUCUUCGUCGACAACCAAACGACCAAUCUCACACCCUUCUUUGGAAGUGGGGGUUCAAGCAAGGAGAAAGCCAUUAUUGGAGUAGUGGUAGGAGGUGUAGGCCUCAUUUUAAUUAUCCUCACUUUGUUUGUGUGGUAUCGGCUGUCAAGAAAGCCAAAGUCAGCUAUUAAAGGUGAUAUAUUAGGUGCAACUGAGUUGCGAGGCCCAGUGAAUUACAGUUAUAAGGAUUUGAAAUCUGCAACGAAAAACUUCAGUGAAGAAAACAAACUAGGAGAAGGAGGUUUUGGUGGUGUAUUCAAGGGCAUUCUUAAAAAUGGGAAAAUAGUUGCAGUGAAAAAACUCACUAUAAGCCAAUCCAGCAAGACAAAGGCAGAUCACGAGAAAGAAGUCAAGCUUAUAAGUAAUGUUCAUCAUCGUAAACUCAUCCGUCUUCUUGGGUAUUGUAGCAAAGGGCCGGAAUUGCUGCUUGUCUAUGAAUACAUGGCAAAUAGUAGCCUUGAUAAAUUUUUAUUCGGUAGGUCAAACGGGGGUCUCAACUGGGAACAGCGUUUUGAUAUAAUUGUUGGCAUGGCAAGGGGUCUGGCCUAUCUGCAUGAGGAAUUCCAUGUCCGCAUAAUACACAGAGACAUAAAGUCAAGAAACAUUCUUCUGGAUGAUGAUUUCCAAGCCAAGAUUGCAGAUUUUGGGUUGGCAAGGCUGAUGCCUGAGGAUCAAAGUCAUCUAAGUACCAAAUUUGCUGGCACACUGGGUUACACUGCGCCUGAGUAUGCAAUUCAUGGACAGUUAUCCGAGAAGGUUGAUACCUAUGGUUAUGGUGUUGUCAUCCUCGAAACCAUUAGUGGCAGAAAAAGCAACGAGUCAAAGCUUGAUCCUGAAUCUGAAUACCUUCUUGAAAGGGCAUGGAAACUCUAUGAGAAGGACAUGCACAUAGGGCUGGUUGAUAAGAGCUUAGACCCAAAUGAGUACAAAGCAGAAGAUGUCAAGAGAGUCAUAGAGAUUGCUCUGAUGUGCACUCAGUCAUCAGUAGCUUUGAGGCCAACAAUGUCAGAAGUAGUAGUCCUUCUAUUAAGCAAGGGUUCUUUAGGUCGAACACCCCAAACUCGACCUAUCUUUGUUGAUUCAUAUCAAAGAAUUCGAGGAGACACAUCCACAUGUACUGGGUCUUCAUCCAAUGCCACUGCAUCAUUCACUCAGUUCUCUGGUCGGUAACUCGUGGAUUUGUCAAAUUAUGAAUUUGGUUCAGGCCCCUCAUCCUGAGUUCUUCUCAAUAGGUAAUCAGAUCAGUGGAUUGUUGGUUCUUGCUACAACACUGCAUGGAGAUCCUGCAAGUAAGGUUGGUGAUGGUAAUGUAAUGAAUGUUAUGCUGUAUGAGCCAUGCCAGCACAGUUGAAGAUAUCACUCAAGGAGAAUAUGGUCCCAAUCUCGCACAUGGUGGCAUUCAACCCUAACAAAUCACUCCACAUCUUAUUUUCUUUGUUUUUGUUUUCCUUUCCCAUCCUUGAUCCCAAUCCACCUCCAAUAUUGAGUUGUGGGCAGUGGGAACCAUCUCUACAACUUGUCAGAUUGGAGCUGUGAUGUAUCGCUCUUUUCUGGCAAGUAGGGUUAUCUUUGUAAGCCAUCCCCUUUGGAAGAAACCCUAUUAACAAAGUGAUACAGACUUACCGAUCACCUUAGGUUGUUGUCUGGCAAUAGCCCUACUUAGUAAACCCCGAGGCAUUCUAAUAUUCUCCAAACAUUUUCUUUUGAAGGGAUGUAUUUUAGCAUAAUGAUUUCGUUGCACUUUUAUAUGAUUGUAUUCAGGGAAAGUAUUUGCUACACAAUAAGAGAAAGUACUUGCUACUGCUAAUUCAAGCAAACAAAACAUAAA